CACAGAGGGGGAGACAGAAUUCUAUUUCCGUUUUGACUCUGACACAAAACAGUAAACAGUUAGAAUUUUGAUUUUAAUUUGGCUCUUUUUUGCUAAUUACGUCGCCAUGGUUACUUGAAAUGCCAACAGAAGUAUUAGCUCACAUGCCUAAAUCCAGCUGUUUUGAUACACAGGGGUGCACGAGCUGCAUUAAUGGUGGAAGGAAGCAGCAGUUAUUUUGAGGUGUAGAGUAAUAGGUGCCUUCCAUACAUUGCAUGGAGGCAUGGAAUGAAGCAAGGCCUUUCAAUGCUCUCCUAUGCUUUGCUAUGGGAGGCCCCAAUAAUUUGGAAGUGGAAAAGUGGCAAAAUUCAAUAAUUGUCGUUGUAAACCACAAUUAACUUGCUUAAAAAACAAUAGAAAGUUUUCAUGUAUUUGGUCCUACUUUCAGUGGCAAUGCCAUCUUUUACAAUACAUACAGCAAAUUAUCAAAGUAUUUUGUGUUGUAAAUAUUUGUGAAUAAGUCCCAAAGUUAAUUUAAAAUGGCAUUUGUUAUUGUUAUUCUCUUCUGUGUGAACUGGUUUUCUUAAAAGCAACUGUAUUUCUAAGCUUAAAUUCAAAAUUCCCCUAUGAUUAACAACUUUAUUAAUAAUAAAGUUGUUAAAGUUUAUUAUUUUAUUAAUAAUAAAGUUGUUAAUCAACUUUAUUAUGCUUGGAUGCUAUACUAUUUUUUUCAACAUACAACAAAUAACUGACUGUUUCAUCAGAACAUUUAAAAUUCUAAGUCCCUCAUUUGUCAUUUCUAUAAUAAUUUGAAUUGAUUUGGCAAGGGAGUUGUUGGCAGAGUAUAUUUUGUCAUGGUAGUUAUUGUUGCAUGCAUUCAUCAAAACCCACCUCCCACCUCUCCCAUCUCUGUCAUCUGGAUGAAACAAAGGGCGAUAGAACAUUUUACUAUGGAACAGACGUGAGGGCAGACGAUCAUCUCUCCUCCUUCUAGGUGAGUUACUUUAGAUCACAACCUAAUGCAAACAAUAUAUAUAUGAAUUAGCUUGUGAUUACUAUUCUUAGUACCAUUGGUUAAGAGGAGGCAUAUAGCUAUUUUAAUUGACGCUUGAAACAUGUUUGUGUGGUCUACUCUUGUUUCUGUCAGCGUCAUCCAUAAGCUGUUUCUAGAAUAAUCCACAACAGGAACUAAUGUAGCCAAGAAAUAAAAAUAGAUAUUGUAAACUAUUUAGAUAUAUUUUUAAUUGCCAGAAGCAAAUAACAAAAUGUUUAGUCAAAUAUUAUCUUUUUAAAAUAUCUUAGGCACUUAUAUGUUUUGCAAAGCAAUUUGCAAGGGAGGAAAAACAAUGAUGCUUUGUUUAAUAACUGUAAAUUACUUGAACCACAUUAGGUAGAGAACUUUGUGAUUAAAAAAGCAAUGCUAUUCAUGCAUUGAACUGUGACUGUCAUUCAUGCAGAUAUGUCGAUAGGAUUCAGCAUUAAGAGAUAUAGUUAAAGUUCACAUAGACCUGAAAAAAAUCGUGUAUUCACACAGAGAUCAGGGUCAGAGGACAACUCUAUAUACACAAUGUCAGUAAAUGAUAAAGUCCGAGCUCUUUCCACCAACUGAAAAAAAAAAAAUUAUUUUGUCCGAAUACUCAAAUAUUACAUAAAACUAAUAAAAAGGAGUUUUACACAAAAAUGCCAGCCUAUUGAUCAGUAUGUCUUAGUAUAAUACAUUUGCACCGAAUGCUUGGCCAGAGGUCUUUUUGCAGGUAUUACUGCAUCAGUGGGGCGUUACAUGGAGGCGAUCAUUAUAUGGCUCUGCAGAGGUAUUAGGAAGCCCAGGUUGCUUUAAUAUUGGCCUUCAGCUCAUCUGCUUUGUUGGCUCUGUUUUUUCUCAUCUUCCUUUUCACAGUACUACAUAGAUACUUUAUGGAGUUUAUGUCAAUAUGAGGCCAAAGCCCAUAUUUUGGCUAAUGUAAAAUAAAAAUUCUUUGAAGGUAUUUUUCACGUGUUUCUGUAUUCACAACUGAAUGUGUGCUUUGACAGGCUUGAGCAGACCAUGGAGAACAGCAGCCUGGCAUGGCCUGGAAAUGAUAACACUUCUCUUCAUAUUGAACUACCAUCAUGCGCCACCCUGAGGAGCCAGAUCUCACGGAUUUUCCUGUAUGCCUUCCUCUCAGUUGGCACAGGCUGCACUGUUGUGGGAAACUUCUUGGUUGUCUUGUCUAUUUCCUACUUUAAACAGCUACAGUCGCCAACAAAUUCUUUUGUUCUGUCCCUUGCAGUGGCUGACUGCCUUGUUGGGCUGCUAGUGAUGCCUUUUAGCAUGAUUCGAACUGUGGAGGGAUGUUGGUACUUUGGGUCUCUUUUUUGUAGGCUUCACUCCAGCCUAGAUGUCAUGCUGUGUACUGCCUCUAUAUUCCAUCUCAGCUGCAUUGCCUUUGAUCGGUAUUAUGCAGUCUGCAAUCCCCUGGUUUACUCCCUAAAGAUGUCCAACAGUCAUGUAGCUCUCCUCAUUGCUAUUUGUUGGACUGUUCCUAUGCUCAUUUCAUUUGGCCCCAUAAUGCUAGAUCUUCAUGUUGCUGAUGUUGACAUCUUUAUUCCUUCAGACUUGUGUGUGUUCUUGGUCAGCCGUGUUUAUGCUGUCAUGGCCUCUUUGGUAGCCUUUUACUUGCCUAUGGCUAUUAUGCUUGUGGCAUAUUGGAAGAUCUUCAAAGCUGCAAAGCGACAGGCCAAGCAGAUUAGUGCCAUGGAAAGCCAAAUGGCUGCUGGAGUGGGCAAAGACUCAAGCAAGAAAAAAAGACACCGCAAUACUAUGAAGAGGGAAGGAAAGGCCGCAAAAACUUUAGGUAUCAUAAUGGGAGUUUUCCUUAUCUUCUGGAUGCCUUUCUUCACUGUCAACAUUGUGGAUCCGUUCAUUGAGUACACCACCGAAGGGGUCGUUUGGGAUGUUUUUCUCUGGUUGGGAUAUAUAAACUCAUCUUUAAAUCCCUUCCUGUAUGGAUUUUUCAAUCGCUGUUUUCGUAGAGCGUUCCUCAUGUUUCUCAGCUGCAAGGUGUGUUUACCUGAAAUAUCAUCUGGAAUGGAGUUGUCGCAUUCUAAGAAAGAGAAAAACUAAUGUAGAGAGUCAUUGUGAAAUUAAGGUAUCCGUAUAUGUUUCAUGUAGUUAUAAAAACCUCAAGUAAGAGCAAGACUUUUGGGUGAUAAUAUUAAAUUAAACUCCAGUACACUAGUCAGACCCCUGAGAGGGCAGCAGUCCCAGCCUGGCCACCCCUAUAAGAAAUGUCUAUCUCCACCCCUAGGUAGAUGCUACCUAACCCUUAAAAUUUUUAAUUAAACUUUAAUUAAAGUGCUUCCACUGAAAACAAUUAGUCUCAUAAACAAACCUUUCAAAGAACAGGUUUCAAACUGUCAUGUUUUCUUUCUAAAUGUGAACAGUUAAAAGCUUUAGUGUUUCUCUUAUGAAAAGUUUCAGUUGGUCAUGCUUAUCAUUGCACACAUUGAGCAAUGGUAA